AUGGCCCCGACGAUCGAGCGCAGGGUGCGGAAGUUAUAUUGGGAGGGCAAGCAAUACGUGGACGAUUACCUCGCGGGCGUGGACCAUGGCGAGCUUAAGAACCUCGGCGCCCUGUGCGCCAACUGGGCGGCGGUCUCCGUCGCGGUCACCACGCUGAUCUGCCUCUUCGCGCUGGGUCAGGCGGGCAAGGGCGUGCUCACCACGUGGUACCUGUUCGUCUCCGCCGUGGCCCUCUCCUCGUGCGUAUUCACCAUGACGAUAUUCGGGUACUGCCGCGGGUACUGCAAGCGGACCCUGGAGCAACUCGAGGCGCGCGCCAAGGGGGGCCCCAACGCGGCCGAUCCCAAGAAGCUGAAGGUGUGCGGGCAGUGCGACGCCCCCUUCGCGAACCAGCGCACCAACCCGGCGGGGAACAGGUGGAUAUGCGCUUCGUGCGGGAUGAUCUCCCGCAAGCCCAAGCUGGCGACCAGGGAGGAGCUGGACAGGUCCAAGGCGGCUGGAGAACGAGCGUCGUCGUCGUCUGCCGAUCGAUCGCCGCGAGAUUCGGAAAUCGCGGCGCAGGAGGCGGAGGAGAGGCGCCAGGCUGUCAAGCAGACCAAGGACCUCAGGCGGCGGCACGCGCGGGAGAUCAAGGAGGCGCGGGAAGCUGCCGACCGCGAGGAGCGCGAGGAGAUCGCCCGGCUGAUCGAGGAGGAGAGGCACCGCGUGAUGACGGCGAGGGCGGAGGAGGAGCUCGAGCGAAGGAGGGUCGAGGAGGAGGAACGAGCCAAACGGGAGGAGGAGGAGGAGGCAGCCGCGAGGUGCGCGGCGGAGGAGGAGAUGGCGGCGGCGAAGGCGAAGGCAAAGGCGAAGGCGGCGGAAGGAACGGCGGAGAGGGCCGCGGCGAUGACGCGCCGGCACACGUCGCUGACGAAGAUCCCGGCGCCGCGGCCCAUCAACAUACCUCCCCCGAUCCCUCCGCCGGCCAAGCAGCAGCAGCAGCAGCAGCAGCAGCAGCAGCAGCAGCGCGCGGCGGUCCCGCUCGUCGCCGCCGCGAAGGUGGGGGCGGCACCGGUACCCGCGCGACCGCCGGCCACCCCGAGGUCCUCCGCGCCGGCCACGCCGUCGACGCCCGACUUUGACCCGCCGCUCCCGCCGAUGCGCCCGAUGCAGCCCCCCGCCGCUGCCGCGGCGUGGGGCGGCGCCGUCGCCGCGGGCGGGUCCCCGCACGCGCCCGUGAGCCCCCACGCGUCGACAUCGCCGACGGCGUCGUUCGUCGCCGGGAGAUCGCCCGCCGAGCGGUCCCCCCCGCCGCCCCCCGGCGGCCGAUCGCCCCCCGGCUUUGAUCCCCUACUCGGGGUUCCCGAGUCGAGGAGAUCGUGGCCCGGGGGCGCGCUCGGCGGCCUCGGCAUGGGAGCCGCGGGCAUCCGGGGGAUCCUCGACGGCGAGGAGGAGGUCGCGGCGGUACCCGUGGCGCCCCCGCCGCCCCCGGGGCCGCCUCCGGGCUACGCCGUCGGGGGCGCGCCGCCGCUCCCCGCGGGUCCGCCGCCGAACACCGCACAGAGGGUCGGGAUCGCGGCUCCGGGCCAGCCCCCGCUGCCGCCAAUGCCCCACCCGAGCCAGAUCAAGGCGGCUGCGGCGGCGGAGAAGGGGGGAAACCCCCGCGCGUUCCUCGCGUCCCUCGAGCUCGCCGCCUACGCCCCCGUGUUUGAUCGCGAGCGCAUCACCCUCGCUGACAUCUCGCUGCUCACCGAGCCCGACCUCGAGCGACUCGGGCUGCCGCUGGGUCCCCGCCGGCGGAUCCUCGCGGCGAUCGCCGGGGUCAACAUCGGGACCCCCGGCGGCGGAACGAGCCGGCAGUACCACCUACCCGAACAACCGCAACCCGUCGUUCCCCCGGGGAUGUCCGCCGUCGUCGCGCCGAACCCGUUUCGCGUCGCGAGGACGAGCUCCGUCGACGGCGAUGCGGCUGGCGCGGCUGGCGCGACGGUUCCCGCCGGGGGGGUGUCGGGAUGGAACGGGGGCGGGUUCGGCGGCGGGCUCUUCGGCGGGUUCGCCCCGAGCGCCCCGAGCGCCGAACAACCACUCCAGGCCGUCGGUCCCCCCGGUCCUACCGUCCCUACCGUCGCGACCGCUCCAACCUACAACCACUCCAGGCAGCGAUCGCGGAGCACCGAUUCGGACGCGCUCGCGAUGGAUACGCUGGAAAACGACCUCAUGGCGCUCACCGGCGGGCUCAACCUCGACGACGACGACGACGACGACCUGGGCCUACCCCCCCCGAUCGUCGAAGCUAACACCGGGGACGGUGUUACCAUCGGGACGACGGAUACGACGACGGCGCCGGCGGCGACGGACGGUUCAAUCUCGCCGCCGCCUCGCGAGUCCCCGCCCGGCACCCCGCCCAAGCCCCCGUCGCACUCGGCGCUCGACAGCCUCGACGCCAACGGGGUACCACCCACCGACGCGGCGACAAACAAACACGCGCACGCGCAACAACAUCGCGAGGCGACCGACCCGCCGAAGCCGCCGAGCGAGAUGAUGGUCAAGGCGGCGGCGAGGUUGAGAGCGGCGGCGGCGGCGGGUCACCCCAUCCCGAACGAGUUUGUGGAUUGCAUCACGUGCGAGGUGAUGGUCGACCCGGUGAUUGCGUGGGACGGGCACACGUACGAGCGGGACCCGAUCGCCAGGUGGCUGCAGCGGCACAGCACGUCCCCGAUGACGGGCGAGACCCUGCCGGAUUUCACGCUGCGACCCAACCACAGCAUGAGGAGCCAGAUCAUAAACUACGGAGAGAAGCUCGCGAGGGAGGGCGGGCACUGACACCGUCAAGACGACGAGCGGAGACCCCACGCGAGUUCACCGCGCCGCACUCCACAGACUGAGACACGUCUGACGUAACACUAGAACGCGCGGCGCGUGAGUCGUUUCGAUUCGAUUAAUUAAAGCACACGACGUUGAUUGACUC